GUUUAUGUGAUAAUGUGAUCUGAAAUGGUCAGUACCAUUGAGUAGUAAAUAAAUAUAAAUGAUUCAAAAUAUUAUAGUAGUUAUUACGUUAAUGUUUAAACGACUUUUGUUAGAUCUUAUUUUAUUUAAAUAGGUAGGUACCUUAUCAAAAUUAAAAUAUUCUAAUAACUAAUUUAAAUUAUUAACCAUCAGACAUGAGCUAUUAAGUAUGAUAUACCAACUGGUAUAGUGUAUCAAUACAGAUUAACAGCCACUUCAAUAAUGGAUAUUUUGUAUCCAUGCAGUCUGUGUUCGCAGACUUUUAAAUUAAGAAAACAUAUUCUAAACCAUAUGAAAACUGUUCACGAAUCCAACGUUUCUAUGAUAUGUGAUGAUGAUUCCAAAAGUUUAUUAAACUGUUCACAAUGUUAUAAACAGUUUAAUAAUAAUAGUUUGUUAAAUAGACAUAUACACUUAGAUCACAAUACUUCAAUACCCAAUUUAAGCAAGUAUAAUUCAAGGCCAUCCAAAAAAAUAGUUUCUCAAAAACUCAAUGCUUAUUUAUCAUUACAAGAUUGCUUGCCAGAUGAUUAUUCUUAUAAAAUAUUAGCAUUCAAAGAUAUUUCAUAUGGACAGUUCAAAGCGAAAUUUAUGAUUAAUAACAUUGAUGAAGAAUCAUUUUUGGUUUGGUUAGAUAAUUUAUGUCAUAAAACUAAAAUUCAUUAUAUAACUGAAAGUAUGCCUUUUAUUUCUUUAAAAAAUUUUCACCGAAAAGUGUAUAGAUGCAAUGAUAUUGAUUAUUGGGAUAUUAAUUCCAAUAGGAUUUUGCAGAACCCAACUAGUUGUAAAGCCAGUCUAUCAGUUAUGAUUAAAUCUUUAAACAAAGAAUUAGUUCAUCAAUCAAAAGCUGUCAUAAUAAUGAAACAUUGUCAUUGUCAUCCUAAAAAUAAUUUUACUUCAAUGAAAUCUUUAGAUAUAUUUCAUGUUUAUGAUCAACUUGCAUACUUAUUGAAAAAUGGUUUAUCAGCAGCUGAUGCACUGCAUACUUAUACUACUAAAGUUAUACAAACUGAAGGUACAAAUCAUUAUUUGAAGUUAAUAGAUUCAGGAAUCAAACCAGAUGUAGAAUUUGUUUACGAGUUGUAUUAUAGGUACAUAAGAAAGUCUAGAUUUGCAUCACCGUUCAUUAAACAUGUAGAUUCAUUAAUGAAAUCUCUAAAAUUUUAUAAUCUUAGAAUAGAGAGAAAAAGUGCUGUUAUUGAAUUAAUAAAAAACAAUAUUGUCAUAGCUAUUCGAACUCCGCUCAUGAAAACAAUUAAUUCGGAUACUGUAUUUGUGUGUUCAACUAGUUUAGAUAUUUCUAAGACAUGGUUUAUGUUUGGUAAGACUGAUAAAAAAAUAAUGAUUCCAGUUGGAGUAAUUAUAUCCACUGAUGAUAAAGAGUGUUUGUUAAAAGCAGGUUUAUGUUUAUGGGAAAAGUUAGGAGGUAGUAUCAAAACUGUUGUAGUUGAUUUAGUAUAUACAAAUGUAUUCCAAACAGUUUUUCCUGAAGCCACUGUAUAUGUUUCAAAAUUUCAUUUUUUGCUGAGUGUAUGGAAAUGGCUUCUUAAUGUCCCAGAUUAUAAUAAUUUGUUUAAAGAGUUAAAUUGUUUUGUCGAAUUAAAAAAAAUGAUAUAUUCUGAAAAUUUUAUCGUCAAUGAUGUUGUAGAUACAAAUUUUGCUAAUGUUUUAAUUAAAAAAUAUCCAAAUUUCAAUCGAUUUAUGCAAAAUAUUAACAAAAACAAUCUUCUAUUUUGUUUGCCUAUGUUUACUCAUCCAUGCUCCACGAUUUCUGAACGGAAAUUUAUUUAUUACCAUACUAAAUCACUUUCAAUUUUACAAACAUUUCAUUUUAUUAUUGAUGAAAUUGACUUUUUCUACAACAAUUUGCUUACAGAUAAUCCAAAUAAUAAUCAACAAAUAAUUUUAAAUAAUUUCAAAGAAAUUAACAGAGAUAAGAACUGCUUUACUUACUGUUGUAUGAAUGAAACUCUUUCCCUGUACUUAGUAGAAAAUAAUAAUGAUGGCGGUAAAUUUUUUGUUGAUAUGGAUAUUGGACUUUGUUCUUGCACUCUAAAUAAUUUAUGUUCUCCGUGUAUCCAUCAAGCGUUUUUAAGUGAACAUAUUAUAAACUGUUCAGUAGAUAAUGAUACUUGUGUAUUAAAUACAUCUAAUUAUGAUGAAGAGAAACAAAAUACAGAAAAAGAGGAGUUUGAAAACAUUUUAUCUGAAUUUCAAUCUAUCCAUAAUAAGAUAAAAGAACAAUUUAUGAUUGAUCCUGAGUAUUUUAAAGGUGGCAUUCAGAGGUUUGUUUCAACUUGGAAGGACAGUCUAACAUCAGAUAAAUCUUUAUUAUUAGCUUGUAAUUCUUUAAGCAAUAUUUACCAAUCAAACUUAGACAACAGUUUGUAAAUUAUAUAUUAUUAUAAUCUUAUAGAGCUUAUAUUUUGAGAUUGUAAUUUGUUUGUUUUAUUUUUUAGUGUUUUGUGACUUGAGAGUAUUUUUCAGUCUUUCUUUAAAAAUAGUAAAACAAUAUAAAAUAUUAAAUUAAUAAACCUAUGUUUAAAAUUUUAUUUUUUUAAAUUAAAAUAUUUCUUAAUGAAUAUAAUUAAAAUCUAACAAAUUUUAUUGACUCUCAGUGUCUGAUAAUUAUUUUAGAUACUAUUAAUGUAUGUUAUAAAAAAUGUAUUUUAUUAAAAUAUUGUUUCUAUUAUGUAAAUGUCUAAUGUAAUAUUAAUAUUAAAUACUACUUAUAAUGAUUAUAAUACUGUAAGAUUGUUGUACGUACUUUUUAAUGUUUUUAAUUUAAAAACAUGGUAUCUAUCACUCAGUGGCGUAGUUAUGAUUUUGUUCUGAGGGGAAUAUAUAAUUAAUUGGUUGCACAUAAAAUGGGAGGCUCAAUAAGUCAAUGCAUUAAACAUUAAAAAAAAAGGCUCUGGGGGGGAACCUAUCUCUAUAUCUCCUUCAUAACUACGUCACUGCUAUCACUAUCACAUUCACAGUAAUUAAUUUGCUUAAAGAACAGAAAAACUUUUUAACCUAAAAUGAAUAGGUUGGUUUUAUUUUUGUUUUGAGACAAAUGUGCCAUAUCUUUAAAAUUACCUAUCAGAUAUACAUUUUUGAAAAAUACAAUUUAAAGGUAAUUUAAUAGUUUUGAUAAUAUGUUAAAGUACAAUUUUAGUCUAUAAAUAAUCUAAAUUACUUAAAACUUUGUGUUGUACAUUUUAAAUGAAUUGCUUGAUAUUUGUAGUACCCUUAUAUUAUACUAAGGUAAUAUUUAAAAUUGUCUGAUAAUUAUUAAUUUUAAUUUAUUGUUUAACCUAUUUCAUGUUCCUUAUUAUUUGUAAGAUACUGUUUACCAUAAUUCAAAAUUAUUUUAUGUAAAUCUAAUCCUAAUGUAUUAUGUAUAAUAUAUAAAUAAAUUAAAGUAAA